AUGCUUAGUACAUCUACUCUCCCUUGGAUGAUCAUAGGAGAUUUCAAUGUCGUCUUGGCAUCAGAGGAGCACUCUCGUGUAGCUGAGGGAUUGGGAGAUCAAACUGGGAUGCGAGACUUCCAAUUGUUGAUCUCCGAAUGUGAAUUCACUGAUUUAGGGUAUACGGGACCUGUUUUCACCUGGUGGAAUCAUCAAGAUGAGGUUCCUAUUGGUAAGAAGCUUGAUAGAGCUAUGGUAAAAAGUGCAUGGUGUGAGACAUACCCGCAGUCUUGUGCAACCUUUGAAACUAAUGGUAUUUCGGAUCAUUCAAGGUGUUUGGUUAAGAUUGCAGAUGGUGUGCAGGAGAAGAAACACCAUUUUCAGUUCUUCAACUAUCUAGCCGAGCAUCCGCAAUUUCUUGAUAUAGUUUCUGAAGUUUGGAAUGCGACUGAGCCCAUAUUUCAAUCUCGAUCCGCUCUGAAGCUUUUUCACCGCAAGCUCAAGUUGCUCAAGCCAUAUCUUAGAGCUUUGAACGGAGAGAAAUAUGGAGACAUUACACAGCGAACUAAAUUAGCUUUUGAGGUAUUAUGUGCUAGACAAGAAGAUGCACUCCGAAAUCCAUGCCGUGAAACUUUUCAAGCAGAGCAUUUAGCUUUGGGAGAAUGGCAAAAUUUUGCAGAGGUUGAAGAAAGGUUUUUCACCAGAAGUCCCACAUUAGCUGGCUGA